GGCGUCUCUUAUUUAGCAUUUACUGACACACUACCGAACGCCUCCUCUAUUAUACUUCGCCCACCGACUCCAACCGGGAUCGCCACAGAGAGAUCGAGCGUUCGCUUCCUUCCUUCCAUGGCGUCCAAGCUCGUCAUCGCCCUCGUCUUCGUCUUCGAUCUCAUUGCGUUCGCCCUGGCCGUCGCCGCCGAGCAGCGCCGCAGCACGGCGAGAUUCCAAAGAGACUCGGAGGGCGACUACACUUACUGUGUCUACGAUUCCGACAUCGCCACCGGCUUCGGCGUCGGCGCCCUCCUCUUCCUCCUCCUCAGCCAGGUCGUCCUCAUGGCCGUCAGCAAGUGCUUCUGCUGCGGCCGUGGAAUCAACCCCAGCGGCUCCCGCGCCUGCGCCCUCCUCUUCUUCCUCCUCUCCUGGCUGACAUUCCUGAUCGCGGAGGCGUGCCUGCUCGCCGGGUCGGUGCGGAACGCGCAGCACACCCGCUACCGGAACAUGUUCUUCGACGGGAAUCCCUCGUGCGAGACGCUGCGGAAGGGCGUCUUCGCCGCGGGCGCUGCCUUCGUCUUCUUCACCGCCAUCCUCUCCGAGUUCUUCUACAUCACCUUCAGCAAGGCAACACGCGACGCCGGCCCGCCGCCCUACGGCGGACCUGCCGUCGGCAUGGGCACCUACAAGUAGAUCUCACUUCUCAUCCUCAAUCACUGCCAAACAAAAAACUUCGAUCGUUCCCUUUUUGUAUCCCUAUUGGUUGUUUGUUCAUCCAUCACUGGUAGCCAUAGUUAUUAUUUGGAUGAUCUGAACCUGAUUAAUUGAUCUUAUGUAUGAUAUGCUUGGUUUACUGC